GAGGCGGAAGUAGUAACCCGGGAGAUUCAAGCUUGGUCAUCGCCUCCUUUGACUACUAGGAUUUUGCGUAUUCGCUGACAUCGAAUAGCCUUUAAAGCCCUCCCCCAUUUCCAGAUAAAAACUUGAUUGGUAUUAUGAAUGCUGGAAGCCCUAUUCAAAAUCAAAUUCCCAAAACACCCAGCAAUGAUUCUCAACAAAGAACACCUUUAUCGACUGGAGUGAUGAGUUCUUCUCUAAAAGAACGUUUGAAAAAAUGUGGACGCUAUCAUCCAGCUACACCACCAUCAUCAAGAACACUGUCAAGUCAUUCACAGACAGCCAGUCAAAGACAGCUACCCAGAAAGAUUCUGAUAGAAAGUACCCACUUACACGAAAAUGCUCUACCUACAAGUGAAAACAGGCCAGUUAACUGUGAAGCCAGUGGUGUGAAGGAAUCUCCAAAGCAGAGUUUCUCUACUACUGCUGCUCGUUAUCUUAAAACAUGUUCCCCUACUACCACUACAGAAAGUUCAGCAAAAGAUUAUGCUAAUGGAGGAGAGCUUUCCCUCACUAAAAUGCCUGAUAUCAAUGUAACACAGUCAGGAGUCAAGGUAUGUAGCAAACCUAUAAUUUCAGGCAAACAUUUACCUGCUGAAGACUUUGUAGAACUGCAGCAGCAUGGCAAAUCAAAUCAAAAUUUGUGUAAUUCGGAAAAAAGUGAGGCAGAAUUGCACAUGGAUAAGAAGCAGUUGCAGGCUUUUCUGAUGGAACGGAAAGAAACCCUUAGAAAACUGCACAUGGUCAAGUUGUACAGAAAAAAGAAUAAUCUUACAGAACUGCAAGACCUGAUUGACAAGUGGCGUUCAGCUUGCCAACAGGCAGUCCUUGAUCUUCAUCACCUUGUUGCAGAACCAAGACCUUCACUUUCUCAGCUUGUUAAAGAGCUUGGAAUAGACAGCAAGCUUGUCAGAUUUGAUGAAACCGAGGAAUAUUUUAACUGAAAGUCCUUCAAACAAUUACUGUGAUUAAACACUGUUACUUGUGCAAUCUAAGGUCAUAAUUUGCAAAGACGAGAGAUUUUUGUACCAGUAGUUGCACAAGCUUUAAUUAUAAUGCAAAACCCACUGCAUUUUGUUCAAUUCUGCUGUUAAAUGAUGGUCUUGCAUCUUAAAAGAAAAGUAUUUUCAGACUUUUUGUUCAGAUAAUUUUGUUGUGGUUAAUGUGCAUGCAGUUUUGGUAUUAAAGACUACACUACUAUUUUUCUGUGAUAGCAUAUGUGAAAC